AUGGUACUCGGAAUGAGCCCAUGGUGGUCGACUGACCGAGUACCCUGUCUGGCCGAGAUCCCGGCCCGAUACAGUAAGGCGUUAGGCCGCGCGCUAAGGCUAUUUUGCGGGCCCAUUGCGCAUCCCCACCCGGGGCACGGCGCAGCCACCGCGCCGCUCUGCUCGACCCGCCGCGAACCGUCCACCCACGACCACCCCGACAAUGCGCCCACCGUAGCGAUCGUGCUCGUGCUCGUCAUCGGCGACCUCCACAUCCCGCACAGGGUGCACGCCCUCCCCGCCAAGUUCAAGAAGCUCCUCGUGCCCGGCAAGAUCCAGCAGAUCCUCUGCACGGGCAACGUCUGCGACCGCGAGACCUUCGAGUACCUCCGCAGCGUCGCGCCCGACGUGCACGUCGUCCGCGGCGACUACGACGAGAGCAACUUCCCGCUGUCGGCGACGGUGACGCACGCGCCGAUCCGGAUUGACGUCGUGCACGGGCACCAGUGCAUACCGACGGGCGACCUCGACUCGCUCAACGCCAUCGCGCGGCAGCUGGACGUCGACGUGCCGAUCUCGGGGCAUACACAUACAUUCCAGGCGGUCGAGUAUGACAACCGCUUUUUCGUGAACCCUGGACUCGUCCAGCCCUCGCGCGGUGGAGCUUGGCUGCCUACUCUGCCCGUCUCGCGAUACCCGCGCCGCCCUGAUGCACGCGAAUUCGCUGCAUCCCUGGGCCGCGAAACAAAUCCCAGCCAGACACCGCGUUCCACUAGACAGCGCUUGCGCGUCGAGAAGAUCGAGUACCGCAAGGACACGGACGCGUUCAAGGAGGCGGCCCGGAGCACCGUCCUCCCGCAGAGCAUCCCGAGCAGCCCCGCGCCGCCCCAGCAGCAGAGCGUCUGGUGA